GAAAUUUCUUGACUAUUGUAAAGAAGAAUAUUGGUUAUCUGCAUAAAUUUCCAUCUUCUUUAAAAUUUCUCUGUAGACCAAACAAGCACCAAUGUUAUUAAACUAUAUUACAAAGCCAUCACUAAAGGACAAGAAAAGCAGACGUUUCAUGUCUCAGACAUCAUGGUCCUUCUAUCAUAACCUUUUCCAUUUUCUCUCUCUGUAAAAUCUAAAUCCCAUAGAUCUUUAUGCACUUGCAUUCCUCACUCACAGCAUGGAGAUCACGAUUAUAUCAGCCGAAAACCUUAGCAUGAACGGAAAACCAAUAAGAAAAGAUACUUACGUUGUUGUUCAUACGCAAUCAUGCAGCAAAUUCUUCACAACCAGGACAGAAGAAGAGGGUGAGAGCAACAACCCUUCAUGGAACGAGAAGUUCUUGGUUGAUGGAGCCAACAACUGCAUCACGCUAGAGGUGCAAUGCAAGACAUGGCUGGGUGUUAAAAGUGUGGGAGCAGCACGAAUAGCGGUUUCUGAGUUUGACCUUGGAGGGUUUGUUUCAGAAAAUAGCUUGCAGUUGUUGAGUUAUAGGCUUUGGGAUGAGAAGGGUAACAGAAAUGGGGUCAUCAAUUUCUCUGUGAGGGUUGUGAAGGCGCCACAGGAGCGUCAAUCUUCGUGUUCAAUGGUGGAGAUUGAAAAGAAUUCGAGAGGGUUUGGGAAACAUGUGACAAUGGGUGAGAAUGAUGCUGCAGGAAUUGUUACUGGGGUUCCUGUUUUCUGGAAUUUCCCUCUCAAUAUUCCAAGAUGAAUAUUUUUGUUUUCUUCUUGAUUUGGUUAAAGUCUUUAGUUGGUAAUUUAAGCAUAUUGAAAAUAGUUUAGUUUCUGACACUAGUUGUAGAAAAGGUAUAGUAUUUUACUAGUUUGUUCACUUUGUUGACCUCUGCAUUUCGGGUGUUAAU